CAGCAAGACAAUGGCGGACAGGCACCGCCGGGGGGUGACCCCCGGCAGACGGGACAUUCUUCUAGUCGCGCUUCUGGGUGUGCUGGUGGCCAGACAGGUCACUGUGGAGGGCAUCAAGUUAUUUGGGACCCUCGGCCGCUCCGUUGUCCUGCCAGUCUCACUAACACUUCACUCAGAGCAGCAGUCAAUCCAGUGGUCCUUCAGGAAGAAUGAUUCCAAGAUAAGGAUGGUCCAGCAUGAGCUACACAAGCAGCACAUGGUGUCCGAGCCGUACCGCCAGCGCCUCAGUUACAUGCCCAAUGGUUCCAUUAACUUGAUGAACCUGAGAUAUUCAGAUGAUGGAGUUUACGAAGUUUUGGUGACCAGAAUCCAUGGGCAGGUGGAGAUGGAACGCAUUUCCCUUCAUAUAAUUGCACCCAUUCCUCGGACUCAGAUCAAAGUGUCUACACGUGUCUCCCAGAGCAGCUUGUCUCUGUUUUGCCAGACCGAGGAGAGGACUGAACUGUCCUAUUGGUGGUUGAAGGACAACAAGUCCCUACCUCGGGAUGGCAGACACAUCUUGUCUCAAGAAAACUCAUCUCUCGAGAUCACGAACAUGACUGUCGGGGACUGUGUCUCCUACACUUGUGUGACCGCCAACCAACUGGACCACCAGGAGACACGGCAUACACUGACAGCUGAAGACUCCCCGGUGUGCCCCAUGUGGUCCUACAACUACCUCCUAAGUGGCUCGGCUGGACUGCUCUGCCUCGGGGGUCUGUGUGUCAUAAUCUGCUACAUCAGAAAACAUCAGGAGGAAGCCCUGCAGUUCAUCAGAGAGCUUUGUGUGGGAAGACAUAGAUGGAUGCCAAAUGGAAGAGGACGGGACGGGGGAGAUUUUUCUGUGUAUGAAAUUCUGGAGCUUCGUCCACUUGAUGAACCCUUAAGAGCUCAGGAGACCAUUCCAUCCCAGCUUUCUCAGGAGCGCCUCUUGUCCUACGUGGAUGUUAUUCAACCCCCAAAUAGGAAUGCCAUAUUGCCUGAUGCCGGUGGUGCUAGUGCUUCUGUCACUGAAAGACUUGCCUCUCAAGAUGUUGCCCACAUUUAUGAGAAUCGGGCUGUUUAUGCACAAGAGCCUAAUGAGCCAGCAGCCAAUCAUGAGCUUCCUGCUAAAGGCCUCACAGAUGCAGCCAAUCACAAUACUGUAAGGGACAAUGUUGUAGCCAAUCAGAAUCCUCUUAAUUUCCACGCCUGGAAAAAAGUAUCCUGUCAGGAUCUCCAUCAUGAAUACAUUAAUGAUGAUCUCUCCAGUCAGCCUUCAUCAAGUGAGCUGACAGCCAGAGAGAACCCUCCAAGUAGCCCCAGUGCAGCCAGGGACAGCUCGUACCAAAGGACCAAUGACUUGUAUUACAAUGGUCACUAAAGCCUAGUCAUGCCAGCGGACACAUUCACAAUAAGAGAAAAAGUGACACUUCUUUGGGUGAAUAUAUGAUACAAAAAAAAAUGGUGUUCCUGUGUUUCUAAUUGUUUAUGAAAACACAAAGAAAUUUAACAAGCAAGUGCUUUGAUGCCAGCUGGCACCACCUGGGCAUGUGCAGGAACCAACACAGCUUCAAAGAUGUUUGCUUACUUCUGUCUCUCCACAUCACACUCUCUCCUCUGGCUUAGCAAAGAUGGCACAAAAGGACCCUCCAAAAAGGACCUGGGCACAUUUUAUAAGCACAUUGUUAAUCACAGCAUUUCUUUGUCACCUGGAAUGUGGGAAGAGAGCUGGACUGGUUGGACAGGAUUAGGGACUGUGGAUUGUGGACACAUAUGAAUGGGUGCCCCAAAAUAAGUAUACUGUACACAGAGAAUUUCACCAGGAUUCACCUGGAGCUGCAUGUUCUUGGACUGGCUUGCUCCACCAAUGUUUAUUAGAUACAGUGGCACACAUAGGGGUUUACCGAAGGGAUGUGGGCAUAUGGCUUAAAGGAAUAGAAUGAUUUCUUCAGAGCUGGAUUAGAGAGAAAUCUCCAGGAUGCUCCAAUGUCUGUUACCACCAAAUGAGGCACACAGAAUGAUUUUGCCACAGCUGGUCAGAUUGGCACAAAUGGGUGAACCUGAAGCACUUGCAGUAAAUGUUACCAGGCACUUUGGCACACAGAGGUUUUCACUUGGAGGUGUGGUGUAUGUAACAUGACAGGCUGGCAUAGGAACUAAGGCAUAUAUUACCAGACAGACUGGCAUACGAGAGAGAUUCCUGAGAUGAUGGGUACACAGAUUAGCACCUAGAAGAUUUAGCCUAGAGCUCGGUCCAUGUUACCAAACAAUAAGAAUUGUGCCACUACACAGGCUAGUACAGAGAGAAGUGCUCCCGUGCCAGGAGAGAGUGUAUAUGUGUCUAAGGAGACAAUCUGCCAUGCCGAAGGGUUUCAUUCAGCUAAAGGUGGAAGGGUAGAACUUAGAAAUUGCUCCUGGAACUGGAGUGUGAAUCUCACCAGAGAGACUGACACACAGACAGGAUGGCACAGGAACUCAGGGCAAAUAAAACCAGACAGACUGGCACAAAGAGGGUUCCUCCUCCAUAGCUGAGGUGCAUGUUUACUAUAAAGUUCAUUAAAGAGCCAGAAGGCAUAUCUAUUAUCUGACAGAAUUUUGCAUUUGGCUAUGAUCAGCGUCACUACUGGUAGCAUGAGGCUAUACCUGGACCCUA